AUGGGUACAACAGCUACAAUUGAAAUUGAUACUGAUAAACAACAUGAUCAACAAGCUAUAUUUGAAGGUGCAAAAAAAAUAAAUGAAGAAUUAAAAGACAAAGACGAUGAUAAAAUUUAUCGUGAUAUGAAUAAUUAUAAAGAAUUUUAUGAAAAAAAAGAUACUGUUAAGGAAAAUGCAAGCAGUGGUCUUGUUUGCAAUAAAGGUCCAAUACGGACACCAGCUCAUCUUCAUGCAUCAGUUCGUGAUAAUAACCAACCUGAAAUUUGUACGUUUUGUGGUUUUGGCGAUAAUUGUAAAUUUUUACAUGAUCGUUGUGAUUAUAAGUAUGAAGGGCAGCAUAAACAAAAAUGGAAUGAGCAUUGUUAUGAAGCUAUUAAUAAUAAGAAAGAAAAAAAUUCUGCUAAUCGUGACCCUAGUGUUUAUACACGUCGGGUUCAAGAAUUUCAAUUAGCAAGUAGAGGUGCAACAAAUCCAAACCUUUGGGAUUCGGUGUAA